CGCCUGCUCCCGGGGCGCCGCUCCCGGAGCGGAGGCGGCGGGGAAGCGGCACAAGUGCGCGGCGUCUCCGCUGCUUCCCUGCUUCUGAUGCCCCUUCGCGACUGCACGCCAUCCCGGCGGCCGCGGCUCCGGGAGGAUGCGGCUUUUCCUCCUCGCUGCAACUUUCUGGGGAUUGUGCCUGGCUCCAGGUUUGGCCUUGCAAAUACAGUGUUACCAGUGUGAGGAGUUCCAGCUAAAUAAUGACUGCUCUUCUCCAGAGUUCAUCGUGAAUUGUACAGUGAAUGUUCAAGAUAUGUGUCAGAAAGAAGUAAUGGAAAAAAGUUUUGGAAUCAUGUACCGCAAGUCCUGCGCGUCUUCAGCUGCAUGUCUGAUCGCCUCUGCUGGGUACCAGUCCUUCUGUUCUCCAGGGAAGGUGAACUCUGUUUGCAUCAGCUGCUGCAACACUCCGCUCUGCAAUGGACCCCGGCCGAAGAAGAGGGGGAAUUCUGGUGUGGUGCCAAGGGCACAAGUGAUAACCACUGUUCUGCUUCUUAAAUUUACUCUGUUGUUUUUGUACUGCUAAACUUCAAGCAAGUUUGGUGGUUUGUUUUUUUUUUUUUUGCCCCGACACAAUUUGUUCUGUCUCCUCCUUUCUUCAAAGACACUGCAAUUAUUUUCUGUUUGUUUCCAAAUCCCUGUCAACAGCGAGGGAAGUUCAGUGGUUGUGUGGAGAGAGGGGCUGAUAUUUUUGGCAGCUAAUGAGUUCAGUUAGCAGAUUGAAUUUCCAGUGUGUGCUUAAAAAUCCCAGCAGGAUACAGAACUCCUGCUCUUUUUGCAUAACUGGAAACAAACCCAUCUGUGUUAUUCCUUUUGAGAUGUAGUCACUUUCCUGGGUCAUUUUAAUUUCCGUGUUUUUUUAAGUUCAUUGCUAAUCAUUAACUUUGCCUUAUGAAGUCAUACUUGAUGUUCACAAAGGCCGUUCUGUGCGUCUGGACCAUGCUCUGAGCUAGUCUCGAGGGACACUGCUUCCAGGCUGGGCUCUGGUGAUUCAGGACCUGGCUUCUGUGGACUGCAGUCAGGCAUGGGCUCCUUCUGGAAGGUGCUUAGGAAAACUUUGGUGUUGCCCUUGGUGGAAGAAUUGCGCCUCGACGACAUGAAGAGCAGCGGGCGUAGGGACCGGCUGCUCCGCGCUCUGGAGCUCUGGUUGGCUCUGAGGAACUUCUCCCUGUUGGCGUGUUGGAUGGUCAGGCGGCAGCGCAGGAUCUGCAGGAACACGCUGCGGAACUGCUGCGAGGAGAUGUUGUACAGGAGGGGGUUCACCACCGAGCUGAGGUAGAAGAAGAUGUCGGCGAUGGGAAGGAGGGUGAUGUACGCUCUGAAGUAGGGGACAGUCCAGUCCUGCUUCGGUUUAGCAGCUGCCAUGAUCCUUCUCACCUGGUUUGGCAUCCAGCAUAUCGCCAGAGUGGCAAUGAUCAGCCCUGCGAGCAGAAAGAGGAAGAAAGAGGUGUGCAUACAUGGGGGAAAACACAUAAAAUACUAUCAGUUCUGCACUUACUUGUUAGGAAAUAGUACCAAUUUUUCAAUGUUUGCUUGACAGCUUUCUCUGCCAGUAGCACUUUUUUGUUUGUUAUUUUUAAUAACUGUUACAAGGUCAUUGCAGCACAUGCUCUGACAAAAGGCCACAUAGUGCUUGGGUAGUGUUUCUUUGUACCUGUUGUCAUUUUUUAGUUUUCAAAGUGUUCAUUCUCUGAUCAUCUGUAUCUUUGAAAAGAAUGUAUUUUAUUUUGGUUU